CACUGCCAGAGCGCCGCUGCUGUGCUCUGCUCUGCUUUCCUUUCCUUUCCUACUUGUGCUCCAUUCACUUGCACAUGGAUGCACGGACGCAUUUGAUUCUUCAGAAAGGUGAAAAGAGCAAAAGGAAAAAAAACUGUUCAACCAAGAAGCUUUACGUCAAGAUCUGUGAUUUGAAAGAAAGGAUCCCACACGGAGAUUUGGCUGAAAAGUGCUGCUGAGCCUCGGGGGAGUGAGUCUUUUUGUUGCCGUCCGUUUCAUUCAUGGGAAACGUGCUACUACUCGUUCCGUCAUCGCACUUUUCGGACUAAAGCUGCGAUGUGGACCCAAUCGGCGCUAAGGCAAAAGAACCUGACGCAGACAGUGAAAUCGAAACUCGACGGGUGGUCGUCGAACGGACGCCACAGCAGGAGCAAGCUCAAGUGAGCCAGGCAGGCAAGCAGGCUGCACAUCUCUCUCUCUCUCGCUCUCUCUCUCGCUCUCUCUCUGUGUCCCUCUCUCUUUCUUUUUCUCUCUCUGGACCUCUCUGGCAAGCAGGCAGGCAGGCAGGCUCCAUCCACAUUGCGGUGAGUCAGUAUCAUGGAGGCAGGCAGCGGGGCUGCCGCAGCGGUGGGGAGCGCAGCACUUGGACUGGCGGGAGCCACAUCCACGUCCAGCCUUGACAUCUUGGACAGGAGCCUUGGACUUGGACGACAUCUGGAGGACGACGAUACAGUGCCUGAACUGGCUCACAUUCAUCCCAGAGAGAGACCUGACUGGGAAGAGACAAUCAGCGCCAUGGCAAGAAGCGCCGAGUUCCCCGAGAUGCGGAGCGAGCCGCUCGUGCGCUCGUCGUGCGGCAGCAGCACAGCCAGCAUGAAGGUCAAGAAUGUGAAGAAACUUUGCUUUACCAAGGGCCACUUUCCCAAACUGGCCGAAUGUGCUCAUUUCCAUUAUGAAAAUGUGGACUUUGGCACAAUACAGUUGUCUCUUGGCGAUGAACAGAGUGAAGUGACGCGCAACAGCCAAGAGUCCAAGGAGCUUGUGUACUUGGUUCAUAUUUCCUGCCAGGGUCGAAGCUGGAUUGUGAAGCGUAGCUAUGAGGAUUUCCGUGUGUUGGACAAGCACCUGCACCUUUGCAUAUAUGACCGGCGUUUCUCCCAGCUGCCUGAGCUGCCAAGAUUUGACACUUUGACCGAUCAAGCAGAGUCUGUUUCCCAGAUGUUGUUGGGUUACCUUUCCCGGCUUUCAGCCAUUGCUGACAACAAGAUCAACUGCGGGCCCGCCCUCACGUGGAUGGAGGUUGACAAUAAAGGUAAUCAUCUUUUGGUCCACGAAGAGUCAUCCAUCAACGUGCCGGCGAUUGCAGCCGCCCAUGUGAUCAAGCGCUACAUUGCGCAGGCUUCAGACGAGCUGUCAUUUGAGGUUGGUGACAUUGUUUCAGUCAUUGACAUGCCUCCGAAAGAAGACACCACGUGGUGGAGGGGGAAGCACGGCUUUCAGGUUGGCUACUUUCCCAGUGAGUGCGUGGAGCUCAUAAACGAUAAAGUGCCACAGUCCAUGAGCAACUCGGUGCCAAAGCCAGCGUCCCCGUGCUCUGGCCUGCCGCCCGCCUCAUGGAGUCUCUUCCCUCCCUAUUUGGAGAUGGAGAGUGUAAUACAGGACAAUGCAUGGGUGGCCGACCCGCUUAACCACUACAGCCUAAGUUCAGUGUCGAAGAAGCAUGGCAAGCUGAUCACCUUCUUGCGUUCCUUCAUGAAGUCCAGGCCCACCAAGCAGAAGCUGAAGCAGAGGGGCAUCCUCCGGGAGAGGGUGUUUGGCUGCGACCUGGGCGAGCACCUCCUCAACUCUGGACAUGAUGUUCCCCAGGUACUCAAGAGCUGCACCGAGUUCAUCGAGAAGCACGGUGUGGUGGAUGGUAUCUACCGCCUCUCUGGAAUUGCCUCCAAUAUCCAGAAAUUGCGGCACGAGUUUGACUCUGAGCAAAUCCCCGACCUGACCAAAGAUGUUUACGUACAGGACAUCCACUGUGUUGGUUCCCUGUGCAAGCUCUACUUCAGAGAACUGCCCAACCCCUUGCUCACCUAUCAGCUGUAUGAAAAAUUCUCUGAGGCUGUCUCAGCAGCAACAGACGAAGAGCGACUCAUUAAAAUCCACGACGUCAUCCAACAACUUCCUCCUCCACAUUACAGAACGCUCGAGUUUCUCAUGAGACACCUUUCCCGUCUGGCGGCAUUCAGCUACAUCACCAACAUGCACAGUAAGAACCUGGCCAUUGUCUGGGCCCCCAACCUGCUGAGAUCGAAACAGAUUGAAUCGGCAUGCUUCAGCGGCACGGCGGCCUUCAUGGAAGUCCGAAUCCAGUCAGUUGUGGUUGAGUUCAUUCUCAAUCAUGUGGAUGUUCUCUUCAGCACCAAACUUAGCUCACUCAUUCGCGAGGGAGCAGGUCAUAACUCGUUGUCGCGACCCAAGUCCCUGCUGAUUUCAUCACCCUCGACCAAACUUCUAAGUUUGGAGGAGGCUCAGGCCAGAACUCAGGCUCAGAUUAACUCUCCAGUCACUGAAGAUAGCAAAUACAUUGAGGUUGGAGAAGGUCCUGCUGCCCUACAGGGCAAGUUCCACACGGUCAUUGAGUUUCCCACAGAGAGGAAGAGGCCCCCUGUUAAAUCAAAGAAGUCUCCCGUGGGUAGUUGGCGCUCUUUCUUCAACUUGGGCAAGUCUUCCUCUAUGUCCAAACGCAAGCUGCAACGCAACCCCAGUGAGCCCAACGAACUCAAGGCCAUGGCUCUAGCCGGAGGUCGAGGAGAUACAGCGACAUUAAGAUCUGCUAAAAGUGAAGAGUCGCUGAGUUCUCUGCAUAAUGUUGAAGGAGAGUCCAAGGUGUACCGUCCCCGGAGACCCCGAUCGAGCAGCGACGCCCUUUCAGCCUCAUUCAACGGCGACUUGUCGGACGGUCGCCAGCACUGCAACUCCUUCGACAACCUCGGCGCCGCGGAGGACAGCGACGGAGACGACGGCCCCAUCUGCGUACCUGCUCUGAUCUCGCCUCCGCGCUCAGCCGGCGAAGACGUGGACCUCAGCCCACCGGACAUCGGCAUGGCCUCCUUGGACUUUGACCCCAUGUCUUUCCAGUGCAGCGGCAGCAGCGGCAGCCUCCCCGACGCCGCUUACGCCUUCCCCCCGGUUGAUCGGCACGCGGGAGCGGAAGGCUCAACUUUAAAGAGGAGGGGCCCUAGCAGCCUCUGGGGAAAGACCAAUGGAGCUGACCUUCUGCCUUCCUCCUUCCUUGACAACUUGACAGCAUCCUUGUUGCCCUCAGAUUUGAACCCGGCUGCAGUCGAGAAGGCGGAAAGCCAAAAACUCUCCACGUCUCAUACGUACGCUGAUAAACCCACACAAGCCGUGUCCCCCAUUAGAAGUGGCAAGAGCGCCGCUUUGGAGAUAUUUCCCAUGCCUGAAAGGACUCUGGCUGAAGCGGUGGCACCUCCAGAACCUUUUUCUCCCAAAGACUCUCCUCUUUGUCUGAAAGCUGAGCCGUCUCGAAAUGAAGCUUUCCAAAUGGAGCUCCAGUCCAAGUUGGCGAGCGUGGAUGGUGAAGCGCUCAAGCCAGAGGACAGCGUUCAACUGGUGUCACGUGAAAGCCACCGGCAACAAGAUUCCAAGGAUUUCCCCAGCACACAUUCCCUAGGCAACCCCCCUACUCCUAAGGAUGCCACCCUCACGCUGGCGCUGGUUCUUGCUGAGUCAGCACAUCCCAUACAGUCCCACCCUCGGUCUGGCGAGACCCCGACGCCACGCGUUUCUGACGGCCGUGCGUCAUCGGGUCCGCAUUUCCGCACUUCCAACGAAGAGGCAAGCGAGAGAGUGAGCAACGUGUCGGUCACCGCCAUCCGAUGCAUUCCCUCUUCUUCAAGUCCGUCGAAAGAACAGCCGGUGCUUGAGUUAACCAGCGUGACAACCAGGCCGCCAGAAAGUGCCGCGGGCUCGACCACUCUUCUCGAACCCCCCCCUGAAAUGGACUCUAUUCCUUCAGACGCACGUAAUAAUAAAAAGGUCAUCCCUCAAAGCACAGCCGACCUGAAUUCUCCAACUAGGAUGGCGGAAAGUCAGUCCUUGGUGGCACAUGCCACCGGUAAAGUUAGCACCGGUGGGAGCAGCGCAGCCAUUAGCCACAGCAAAGACACCAGAGGCUCACCACAACAUCUUGCGGAAGUGAAGCCAAAGGAAGACGGCAAGCUCACAAGUGUUGCGAAAUCCUCCUCCUCCUCCUCAGAGCAGCAGCCUGGGGCAGCUCCGAAAGCCCAAAAGUCGGCGGUGUUGUCACCGACACAAAAUCAGCGCCAGCAGCGGUCCCACAUGCAAAUUCAAAGUCAGCCACUAUCAAAGGCUAAUUCAACAGCGACACCAAUCUCUUCUGAGCACGUGGAUCGGCCUUACGAGAGCCUAAAUCCAACACAACCCUGCUGCCUAGAGUCGGCGGCUAAAAAGGAGCCCGCUGGAUGCGCACCUCCAGCCCCUCCGGUCCGCACCAUGGAGAGCAAACUAGCCACAGCCGCACUCAGUCAAGCUGAAGCAGCCUCUUACCAUACUUCCGAGGCCCUUCACCACCAUCCCGUUUCUCCUCGUCAAUCCUCCGCACGUCCCUACCACGCCAAAAGUGAAGCCUUUCUUCUGGAGCCUCAAGGAGUGGUGUACUACCACCAGAGACCCGUUUCAAUGGGUCCGCAUCCCGUGCCGCACCACUACAGACCCAACAGCAUCCCCUCGCACCUCCCCUACGCGUCAAAGUCCGAACCUCAGAUACCUUACAGUGCCCGAGUAGACAAUAAGUACAGCACUUUAGGCCCAAGGUCCUACCACCACCAUUCUAUGAAGGCCAGAGGAAACCCCCGCAGUGUUUACGGCGCCGCCGCCAGCCAUUCGGGUUACAGCCUGGACCGAAACCACGGCUAUCCCACCAUUCGCAGAGUGCACUCGCUCCACGUUCCCGCCACCAUCCGCACCGUACCCAUCCAAAGGACGGAAGUUCCUCCCGACGACAUGUUCUAUUACCAUCGACCCGUGUAUCAGUGCAAACCCUACCAACAAGCCCCGCAGCAGGCCGACUAUCACGUGACUCAACUGCAGCCUUAUUUUGAGAACGGCCGAGUCCAGUACCGCUACAGUCCGUCUUCCGGGGAGGGGCCUUAUUACGAUCUGGAGCCUCACGGCACCAACCGUGGCCGCCACGUCCACUCGGCCUGUCCAGACUCGGGGAGCCUUGUUUGCAGAGCGGGCGGGAAGGCCACAGGGUACCACUACCUGGCUCGCAACCUUCUCCCACCUGGAAAGGAGCACAGCUUUGUGAGCAGGGAUAUGCCACCUGGGCACGGCCUCAAGGAACUUCCUUCUUACCUUUCUUGGGACCCCGAGGAGUGGGAAUGUUUGCGCAUGCAGUCUAUCCGCAGAGAAAGUCGGGCCAGGCAGAAGACGAAAGGUCCGGUGCUCUCGCAGUACGACAACGUGGGCUCGCUAUCGGACGUCGCCGGCUACGACACCCUGCACUCGCGCAGCAAGUCCGAUCCAGGUAAGGCUUUGUCGAGUACGACCGAGAGCAAAGACGGUCGCUAUCUGCCCAGACACGUGCUCUCGGACCCCAAAUGUUUGGAGAGCGACAAGCAAGGUGCUCCCACGCGUGGCAGGUCAGACAAGCAAAGCGGCUCCAAGAAAUGCCAGUCGUCUCAUUCCGUCGGCGCCGCGCAUCAGCAGGAGAGCGGGCAACACGAAGCCAAUCUCCUCAAGGCUUCGGCUGAAAAGCACCGGCAGCCGGAACACGCAAACAAGAGGAGCUUCCAGACACGCUACGAGUGCAGCGAUGCUGAGCGCCACCACGGCAAAGGGAAAAUGACAAGCAGCUAUCACGCUGCGGAAGAUCAUCCCAAAGAACAGCUGGCCCACUGCAAAGCUGAAGCGGACGGAGACUACUCGUAUCGCAAACCGGUGCAAUCCCACUACGACAAUUUGGACGAUUACCACCCGGUACCUCAGGCCCAGGGCCCCGUUGAGAAGCGAGGCGGCGGCUGUAACUCCUACAACAGCAGCAGCAGCAGCAGAGCGUCGGCGUAUUCCACAGCAUUAGGCCAGGGAGCCUUCCUCCAAAGUGAGCUGGCUAUCCAGAGGCCAGAAACACAAAUAUGUACGGAAUAAUUGAAAAGAAAAGAGAGACUUUGGUUGAUCAGCCUCUGCAGGACAGUGGACUGUUGUACCGCCUAUAUUUUUUGCUCUUCCGUAUUUUUAAAGGAAAAUAGAAGACUUUUUAUAGAAAGUCCCGAAUGUACCAAGAGCCCAUUUUUGCUGUGUUCGUCAUAAUGUAUAACAUGAAAGAUGUGAGCGACUUUAAACAGGAACCACAAAUGUCUAUUAAGAUACAUAAAAUAAGAUAUUUUAUAGACACACGCACACUAAUCUAUAGUUGAAGGGGAUGUCUUCCCAUGUGGCCACUGGCUUUGAGCAUAAAUGGGACAAGUUUUGCAUUUUAGAAAUGCAUGCACUCUCUUACAGAACAGUUCUGUGUACUUCACUGUUCAUGACUUUCUUUAUUGCAGCACAAGGUCUGAGUGGAGCAUUGUGUAAUCAGCGUCACACCCAACCCAUAUGCACACAGGUAGGUAGGUAGGUAGGUAGGCAGUACACUGUGUCCAUGUUUGUCUUUGGAAAAUACGUCUUUGUGAACUUGACAAGAAUCCGUCAGUUCAUAUCGCGUGUCUUUUAUGUUCUUUGUGACUGUGCCAUUUUCUGUACAUUUACUCCAAUUUCUGAUGGAAUGUUUUGGUACUUCGUUAGAAGGGGGGGGGGGGUGCAGUAAAAAGCAAAAGAGAUGGUCAAUUCUAGGUACAGAUGUGAAAGAGUUUUUUUUCCUUUAGUUACAUUUCAUUUCCCCAUUGCGUUGAUCCAUUUGUGAGAGCUGUUCUAUCAUUAAUAAAAGUUGAGCAUUUGUUUUCCUCUAAAGCAACAAACAUCCCACUUUGUAGAAUUGUUUUGGGGGGCUGCUCUUGCCCAUAUUAUGCAAACCAUUGAUGUAGUUAAUUAUUGAAAUGUGUAUUUCAGGCUGAAAAUCAUUUGGUACUACCCAGUGGAGUUCAAAACAAUGGAGUUGUAUUCUGUAAUGGUUUGAUGCAGUAUAUCCCUUGCAAAUGUUGCUCCUCCUGCCCUGCCUUGCCUUACCUUAACUUAAGCCUCUUUCUUUCAAGUUGGGCCACAAGUAAGGCACUGUGUACUUCAAUGUGAAAUACUUGUCUCUAACCAUUGGGUACUUUAAGUUUAGAUCUAAAAUAAAGAAAACUGUUGGGGAAUAGCACUUAACAA